AAAGCAUGCACGCUAAGAAAACACCACCACCUCCUCCUCCCCAUAUAACGCAUGACCACCGCCCCACCUAACCUCCCCAUGCAUCUGCAAUCCCAUCCCACCACACACAUCUACUUUCUCAUGAAUUCAGCCGGAAACGACACUACAGCCGCUGGCGACGCCGUCGCCGGCAUCCGCCUCUCCAGCCACCUCCACUUCCCGCCGGAGGUACACAUCCUCGAGCUCUUCCUUGCCUUUCUCGUCUUCGUUACCAUACACUCCUUGCGGCAACAAAGCCGCCACGGCCUCCCGGUGUGGCCGGUCGUCGGGAUGCUGCCCUCCUUGUUGGCCGGUCUCCGAGUGAACCCCUACGAAUGGCUGACCGACGUCCUCUGCCGACGAAACGGGACGUUCGUAUUCAAAGGGCCCUGGUUCAGCACCCUCAACUGCGUCGUCACCGCCGACCCUCGCAACUUGGAACACCUUCUCAAGACCAAAUUCCCGAGCUACCCCAAAGGCCCGUACUUCCGCGACACCGUGCGAGAGCUGCUCGGAGAAGGGAUCUUCAGCGCUGACGACGAGACCUGGCGGCGGCAACGGAAGACGGCGAGCAUCGAGUUUCACUCAGCCAAAUUCCGCCGUUUAACCACCGAGUCGCUCCUGGAGCUCGUCCACCGCCGGCUCCUCCCCGUCAUGGAAACCGCCGCCCAAAAAUCGCAGCCCGUCGACCUGCAGGACCUGCUGCUGAGGCUGACCUUCGACAACGUGUGCAUGAUAGCGUUCGGGGUGGACCCGGGGUGCCUCCGACCGGGUCUUCCGAAAAUACCCUUCGCAAGAGCGUUCGAAGAGGCGACGGAAGCGACGGUGUUCCGGUUCGUGACGCCGAUGGUGGCUUGGAAGGCGAUGAGGUGGCUGAACGUAGGGACGGAGAGGAAGCUGAAGGAGUCGAUAAAGGGAGUGGACGAGUUCGCGGAGGAAGUGAUUGAGAGGAGGAAGAAAGAAGUGAACGGUAGUGAGGAGAUGAAGAUGAUGAAAUCGGAUUUGUUGACGGUGUUUAUGGGGAUGAGGGUUGAUGAGGAAGGCGGCGAGGAGGUGUUUUCGGACAAGUUUCUGAGGGAUAUAUGCGUGAAUUUUAUACUGGCGGGGAGGGAUACGUCGUCGGUGGCGUUGACGUGGUUCUUCUGGUUGUUGAAUGGGAGACCGGAGGUGGAAGACAGGAUUCUUGAGGAGAUACGCAGGGUUGUUUCUGAGCGGGACGGUGAUGAGGAAGGAAAGAAGAACGGAGGCGCUGGUGGGGUUGAAUUGAGGCCGGAGGAAGUGAAGAAGAUGGAUUACCUGCAGGCUGCUAUCUCGGAGGCGCUGAGGCUUUACCCUUCGGUGCCGGUGGAUCACAAAGAGGUCAUUGAAGAUGAUAAAUUUCCAGAUGGAACGAUACUAAAGAAGGGAACGAAAGUGAUAUACGCAAUAUAUGCAAUGGGGAGAAUGGAGAGCAUAUGGGGGAAGGACUGCAGAGAGUUCAAGCCGGAGAGAUGGCUGCGAGACGGCCGCUUCAUGAGCGAGUCCGCCUACAAGUUCACCGCAUUCAACGGGGGCCCUCGCCUCUGCUUGGGCAAAGACUUCGCUUACUAUCAGAUGAAAUUUGUGGCGGCUUCUGUCUUGUACAGUUUCCAUGUGAAGGUGGUGGAGAAUCACCCUGUGGAGCCCAAGCUCGCACUCACCAUGUACAUGAAGCAUGGCUUGUCUGUGAAUCUUUAUAGAAGGGACGAGUUUGAGCUCCAAAAAUACCUCAACAAAAUCACAUAAUUUAUGCCUACCAAGGCCUGCGGAUGCUGUGUGUUUGCUUAAUUUUUUUCUUUUCUUUUCUUUUCUUUUUAAAACUUUAAUCUCUUUCUAUUGUUUUAAUUAACUAUAUUUGCUCCUAUAGAAAAAUAAUAUGUGUGUAUUGGAAUAUAUAGAGGUUCACAUGUGAUAGAAAAUGGAAAAAAUAAUUUU